CAGUUCUGUCGUUCAAUGCAAUCUCUCACUGUAGCCUCUCCGACACAUACAUUCUCUUCAUCGGAAGGCUGCUGCAUUGAACAUAUUCAGCGUGAUUACAACAGUGGACGGAUGCGAGAUAGAAAAUAUCCGGAGUGAUCUCACAGGCGGCGCGGAUGGAAGGGCAGGAUUGACAGCGACGGCAACGGCAAGACGGAGUGUUCGAUAGUGAUGGAGUUGAAGGAGGACCUCGAGCUCUGCGAGGGCCGCCUCCGUCUCUGUCAAGUGGCCUUCGACUGGUGCUACAAGGACCGAUCCCGCUUCAAGCGCAACUUCGACGAUCUUUCGUUCUUGCACGAGGCGAUCAAAGAGACACUCAUCGCUGAGAUCCGGAAGUAUCAGGACAAUAUUGCGACUUGCAAGCGCUCGAACCUCGCAUCGGCUGAAGCACUGGAAGCCGCGGAGGAGACCAUCGACUUCCUGGAGGCUGAGAACUAUUUCGCCCAGGUUUCAUCAGAGGAGCAGGUUCGCAGGUUACAGGCCGACAAUGCGGCCCUCGUUGCGGAGCUUCGGGCGUACAAGCACAGAAUUGAGUUGCUCGAGAGCGAAUCGGACGGGACACAAGAUGACUGCGGUGAACUGGACUGCGACAAGGAGUAUCGUGCGGGAACGCUGGAGUAUUGUCAGGCUCGUCUCGCUCUCUGUCAAGCAGCCCUAUCCUGGCAAGAAGACAACCGGCGCCGCUACAAGGCAGAGAACGAUGGCCUCAAGCAUGAGAAGAAGCAGGACGAGCUCACCAAGCAGGCGUUCGCAGACGAGGUCCAAAAGCAGAUGGCAAAGAAUGUCUCGCUCGAGCGCGACAAGCGCGUAGCAGCCCAGUCCCUCGAGGCCGCAGAGGACAGCAUUGACUUCCUACAGGCGGAGAGCGUCUUCGAGGGGCAGGCGUUCCAUCAACGGACCCUCGAGCUAGAGACGGGUCUGGCGGGGAAGGACAAGGGAUGAAUCGACUGCGGGAGGACCUGGCUGCUUCCGAACGCCGGGGACACUCGCACGAGCCCAAUGCCACUGCACAUGUACAAUGGAAUGUGGUUCUCUUCAAGGGCAAGAUCGACGCGGAGAACGCGUCUCAGCAGGCUCUCGAAUCCGUGAACACGGACCUCCGCAAGCGAACGGCCGAGUUCGAGCAGAAGACCGAUACGCUAUACCAGCAGGUCGUGAGCCUCACGAAGGACAACGAGUCACUUGAGAAAGAGCUGAAGGACAUGACGGCCGACCUGGGC